AUGGCGGCUCCUCAAGGGCAGCUGCCUGUCUAUUAUCCCUCGCCUCAAGUAUACUGGCCCUGCCCACCGGGGUUGUAUCCUGAAAACUCGCUGGACCCCUUCCUCCUCAACACUCUCUCGGUAUCUGGCACCUCUGCUAUCGAGCUCGCACGACGCGAUCCGGCCCUUCGCUCAAAGGACGCCAAGAUCAUGGCUGCGCUUUCCCUUCUCGCGGAUGCACGAACCACUCCUGCCGAGCUUGUGGCAGACAUUGCUCAGGCUCCUGCUACAGGCCACUAUCUCUCGCUGAAACGCUCGGGUUUGCUCAAAAAACGCGCACUCGAUUACCUCUGGAACACUCUGUCAAACCUCCCAAGCUGGAAUCGAAAGGUUACAGCCAUGCUUCGUCUGCGAGCUGUCCGCUAUGUCAUAGACAUGGUGGACCGGGAGAUGCAGACAGAACUGUUUCGUAUGUCCUCCCUCACUGUCAAUACUCAGUAUCUCCAGGCUUUUGAUCUUGGCAACCUCACUCGGAGUGUCAAGACGUCUUUACCUGUGGCUUGGGAACUUGUUACUUCGAUUAUCCAGCACCGGAGAGUUCGCACAGAUGAUCUUAGUAAAAAAACCGAGGCGGUUUCUACAGCCCUUAUCUCCCAGAUAUCGCACCUCCGAUCGCAAAAUAACAUGGUCUUUCAGGUUCCGUUUGGCCUUAUGCUUCUAAGUCUUGGUCUCCCCACUCGUGCUUUCAAUAUCUUCGCAGCUGUUGGUCUUUGUCCUGCUUACUCAACCUUGCGAACGACUUACCAGGCGCUUUCUGACGAGCGGAUUGCUCUCGCGCGCGAGGUGGCACUAGGAAUUCAUGGUAUACAGUGGGACAAUGUGCAUAUAUCGACCUCUGCACACCCAACUCAGCGAGACAUGGCUCGCGGAAAGGUCUCAACAGGAACACAGGGCAUUCUCUGCCCUCUACCUCAUGUCCCACACUCUGUGGCCUACUCGCUAAAUGAACAUCUCGCUCGCCGGGCUUCACUUGAUCUCAUAGACUACAAAUUUGAUAUUCGAACUGAUCUGGAGCAGGGUAUCGAUAUCUCGUACCACCUAGUCAUUGACACGGUCAAGAUCCUUCGAGACUCGGCUGGGAACGCGUUUGAUUACUUGGGCGACCCAGACGAGCUUCGACACCAUUCAUAUCUGCCCUUACCUGCUGGGGAAAAGGCUGACCAGUACUCACUACCCACAACCACAAUAGACGAGUCCACCACAGUCGGAAAUAUCGAGUUUCCCAAUGUCACAUACACAGUGCAGCUCAAAAUAUCGCCCACCCACUUUGAAGGUCUCAACAUCCCUCUGAAUGCUGAUCAGUCAACGCUUGCACGCCUCCGAAGCGCCAUGGAACUUCGAGCCGGCGAUUUGAAUGCUUUUCAUCGUCUUGAGGUCUUCCAGCUCAGUCCAGGGCCCUUUCAUAUUCUCUUGAACCUUGGCUGGCAAAAUAUCGCAGUGCACCGAGGCGAUUAUCGUGAUCCAGGCAGCUUAGCUUGGUGUAUCAAUAUACUACGGCUCUCUCGGCUUGGAGGCGACAAACCGGACUAUAAACUCAUGUGCACUCUCUUUAUUCAGGUGCUACAAGCUAAUCUACUCGUCUACUGGGAAGUUGAGACCGGCAAGACAAUCCGAGAGCUAGCUGAUGCGAAACUGAGCGCAUCCGAGCUCUUUUCCAUUGGCCGGCGCAUAUAUCUCAAAUAUUUCUCGGACGACGCAAUACAACGCCUUGGAGAGGGCCUAGAAGUCGACCAGGCAUUCAAGGAUGUCAUCUUGCUGAACCGUGACUUGCUGGUGUUCUACGAGCUUUCUCUGGGCGUUUCUUCAGGCGAUUUCGGGCGGAUUGAGCUCUUCUUGGGUAUACUUACUGAGGGUUUUGCUGGUGCAGGUCGCUUCAAUUAUAUGACUGAAAUGCUUCACCUACUCCAGAACCUCAAGAAGAUCUGGAUACCUCAGUUCGCCGAUGUCAUGCGUCAUUUUAUGCUAAUCAACAUGUCUGGACGGCCGAAUCAUGCAACUGGACGAGACAUGGAUAUUGAGCACCUCAUCAACGCGAUGAAGGCGUACUACAUCCCCAAAGGAGUUCGUGGACACUGGGGACAGCUCUCGACUUAUGCCACUCUCAUCCCCGUGCUUCGCCCGCUCAAAUUUCAGUUCACCAAGUUCUUUAACACAUGCUGGAUGGGGACUACUCACACUGAACCAGACACCUCUCGAAAUGUUGCUCGACUCAUGCGCAAGAUUUACGAGACAAGAAUCCACAUACCUAUACCUGGACGAACUACUCAUGCUCAAACUGUUGAUGUGAUAUCUGCAGGCAUCGACUAUUUAAUGAAAACCGGCCUUCCCAGCUGGCAGAAGUCAUUCCGGGAGUGGGUUAGAACAAACCAUUACAACUUCGAAGACAGAGAACCAGAACCGGUGCAUCCUGACGAAGAUUUGACAAGUGGAGGCGUUGAGGACCUCCCUGCAGGUAACGAGUCAAAAGAGGAUGAUGACUCUGAGUCAGAGUCUGUGCAUUCAGAUAUUGAUGACACGGAGUCUAGAGGUGGUAAUGAUGGUGUUGAUGCUGACAUGGAGACGCCGGAGAGUCCUGAGGUUGAUGAGGAUUUUGAUGAGAUUGCUCUCUAA